UAAAGGUGCGUCCACACUGCGUGUGGCUUUAGCCGCUCGGCCUACCCGUCCCCACUACAAUCGGCUUUCUACCAGCAACAAAAUAUAAUCAAUAAAAAUCAGUAUUAGUUUAUUUAGAUUAUUUAGUUUUCAUUAAAAUGUCUUGCGAUCAGGACGCAUUAUUGGCUGCCGCGGCGUUCUUAGUCAUUGCGAAUAAAAAAAUUAAUAAAAAAGCGAAACCACGGAGAUUCUGGGUACGGCCAAGUCUGCAAAGUCGUGAAAUCUACACCACAAGUCAUCUUUUAACUGAUUUAAUAUCAGAUGAUACUGAUAUAUUAAAUCUAGAAUAUAGAUGCAAUGGAGGUUUCAGAAACUUUUUUAGGAUGUCACCUUCUCAGUUUAAUGAAUUGCUAAACAUGGUAAUUCCUAGUAUUACGAAAAAUGACACGAAUUUUAGAAAAGCAAUACCUGCUCAAGAUCGAUUAGCUAUAACUUUAAGAUUCUUGGCAACAGGCGACUUUUAUUAUUCACUAUCAUAUUUAUUUAAAAUUUCAAAACAAACCAUUUCAAAAACAGUACCAGAAGUAUGUAAAGCAAUCGUGGAUGUUCUAAAGGAAUACCUAUGUAAAGAUGCCGAAAAAUGAAUCUGAGUGAAGACUGGUCGCUAGAGAGUAUGAAGAAAAAUGGAAUUUUCCGAAUUGCGUUGGCGUGAUGGAUGGAAAACACAGAGUGGAG